UCGCAGCUCUUUGUCGGACGAGAGGCCUCUGGGCUUUGCACUCAGGCGGUCAACCCGUUCCGUAGCCGAGCGCAGCGUGGGUGAGCGCCCAGCCGGGUCCCACCAUGGCCGCGAACUAUUCCAGUACGACUAACAGGAGAGAACAUGUCAAAAUGACAACCAGCCACCAGCCAGGCUUCUUGGAACGGCUCAGCGAGACCUCGGGUGGGAUGUUUGUGGGUCUCAUGACCUUCCUGCUCUCCUUCUACUUAAUUUUCACCAAUGAGGGCCGUGCACUGAAGACAGCAACUUCCCUGGCUGAGGGGCUCUCACUUGUGGUGUCCCCUGACAGCAUCCACACCGUGGCCCCAGAGAAUGAGGGAAGGCUGGUACACAUCAUUGGGGCCCUGCGGACGUCCAAGCUCUUGUCUGAUCCAAACUACGGGGUCCGCCUCCCAGCUGUGAAGCUACGCCGGCAUGUGGAAAUGUACCAGUGGGUGGAAACCGAGGAGUCCAGGGAGUACACUGAAGAUGGGCAGGUGAAGACAGAGACAAGGUACUCCUACAACACCGAAUGGAGGUCAGAAAUCGUCAACAGCAGAAAUUUCGACCGGGAGAUUGGCCACAAGAAUCCCAGCGCGAUGGCAGUGGAGUCAUUCACGGCCACAGCCCCCUUCGUCCAGAUUGGCAGAUUCUUCCUCUCAGCAGGCCUCAUUGACAAAGUGGACAACUUCAAACCGCUGAGCCUGUCCAAGCUAGAGGACCCGCACGUGGACAUCAUUCGCCGGGGAGACUACUUCUACCACAGCGAAAACCCCAAGUAUCCGGAGGUUGGAGACCUACGCGUGUCCUUCUCCUAUGCGGGGCUGAGUGGUGACGACCCUGACCUGGGCCCAGCUCACGUGGUCACCGUGAUCGCCCGGCAGCGGGGUGACCAGCUACUCCCCUACUCCACCAAGUCUGGGGAUACCUUGCUUCUCCUGCACCAUGGGGACUUCUCGGCAGAGGAGGUGUUUCGUAGAGAACAGAAGAGCAACUCCAUGAAGACAUGGGGCCUGCGGGCUGCCGGCUGGAUGGCCAUGUUCAUGGGCCUCACCCUCAUGACCCGGAUCCUCUACACCUUGGUGGACUGGUUUCCCAUCUUCCGAGACCUGGUCAACAUCGGCCUGAAAGCCUUUGCCUUCUGCGUGGCCACGUCGCUGACCCUGCUAACCGUAGCUGCCGGCUGGCUCUUCUACCGGCCCCUGUGGGCCCUCUUCAUCGGCUCCCUGGCCCUGGUGCCCAUCAUCAUUGCUCGGACGCAGGUACCGGCCAAGAAGCUGGAGUGAAUCAGGCCCUGGAGCCCAUCCCCACCCGUGUGAGCUUCAG